CGCCACCGGCCGCCCCCCGCCUUCAGCCGCCCCCCCGCCCCUCGCUGUGCCCGCAGGACUCGCUGGGACGGGGCCUCCGGACCUGCUACCGCUACCUCAACCAGACCAGCCGCAGCUUCGCCGCCGUCAUCCAGGCCCUGGACGGAGAGCUGCGACAUGCCGUCUGUAUAUUCUACCUGGUUCUUCGUGCCCUGGACACUAUAGAGGAUGACAUGUCCAUCAGCUUGGACGUGAAGGUCCCGAUGCUGCACGAGUUUCACUCCUAUCUCUACCAACCCGAGUGGAAAUACAUGGAGAGCAAGGAGAAGGACCGGCAGGUGCUGGAAGACUUCCCAACGAUCUCCAUGGAGUUCAGGAACCUGUCAAAGGUCUACCAGGAGGUGAUUUCAGAUAUUUGCCACAAGAUGGGUGUCGGGAUGGCGGAGUUCUUGGAGAAGAAGGUCGACUCUCAACACGAGUGGGAUAAGUAUUGUCACUACGUUGCUGGGCUGGUGGGGAUCGGCCUUUCCCGUCUCUUCUCUGCAUCAGAGCUAGAAGAUCCUAUCGUCGGGCAGGACACGGAGCUGGCCAACUCCAUGGGCCUCUUCCUGCAGAAAACCAACAUCAUCCGUGACUAUCUGGAGGACCAGCUGGAGGGAAGGGAGUUCUGGCCCAAAGAGGUUUGGAGCAGAUACGCAAAGAAGCUCUCGGAUCUUGCCAAACCAGAGAACAUCGAUAUGGCUGUCCAGUGUCUCAACGAGCUCAUCACCAACGCCCUCCACCACGUCCCUGAUGUCCUCACAUACUUAUCCCGCCUGAAAAACCAAAGCGUCUUCAACUUCUGUGCUAUCCCCCAGGUGAUGGCUAUUGCCACCUUGGCUGCCUGCUAUAACAACAAGCAGGUCUUCAGGGGUGUCGUGAAGAUCCGGAAGGGACAAGCCGUCACGCUGAUGAUGGAUGCCACCAACAUACAAGCUGUCAAAGCCAUCAUGUACCAGUAUGUGGAAGAGGUAGGUUGAGCAGCUUGCUCCAAG